AUUCAGUUUAAAUUCUUUCUAUCUUAGAUUCUACAGUAUAUUCGCUUGUAUACAUCAUAUACACAAUAUUGAGAGGAAACUCCACUAAUAUAAAAAGUAUUAAAUAAAAAUAAUGGAAGAAGAUGAAGAAUUUUUAAGUGGUCGUGCAAGACGUUUUGUUUUAGGCUCAACAUUAAUACGUGAUGCAUGUGCAUCAAGAUUAGAAAUUAAAUUUAAACAAGAUUUACUCUCUGUACAAAUGUAUGAACGGUAUUAUAGUAAACCAUAUAUUGCAUUAUACUACUUUUUAACUGUACUCAAUCUACUAACAAUUAUUAUUGAAUAUCCACCAAAUAUAUGGAUAAAUGAUAAACCAAUACCUUAUUAUAUACCAUUAAUAAUUAAUUUAUUCUGUGAAGGUUAUUUCUAUUAUAGAUGGUAUAUAAUAUAUGCUAUAUCAGAAAAGGAUACAUUAAAACGUAAUAUUUCAUCAAUAAUGACAAUUACAAUAUUAAUUACAAUGACAAUUGAUGCUAUUGUUUAUAUAUUAUUGAAUGAAUUAAAUAUUGGUAAACCAGUAAGAUGGUCAAGAGCACUACGACCUGUAUUAUUACUGACUUUUCCAGAGAAUAGAAGAUUACGUGCUGCUUUUUAUAAUUUACGACGUACAUUAAUUGAUGUAUUACCUGUGUUUGGUUUAUUUGGUGCAUGUUUAAUAUUUAUAUCAAUUGUCACCUUAGCUUUAAUUGGUGAUAAAAAUUAA